UUUUUCUCUUCAUAUUUUACAGAUCCUACAAACCAUCCCCUUCGACCGGGUCCAUGUCAAAGUGAUAUCGAUCCACCUGGUACACUACUACGAGGAAGACGAAAUGAUCAUCGACGUGGACGAGUACGUGCAGAACAUCACCCGCUUCCUGCUGAGCAAAUCCUACAAAAUGGUGCGUAGCUUCGACCGGAACUUCAUCUACCAGUACGUCAGCAGCGUCAACGGUGGUGGCCUGGGCUCCAGCAUCAGUCGAGUGAACAGUGUGGCAGGACCCAGCGACGGAAACGUACCCGUUUCCGGUGAGAGUGGUGGUGUUGGCGGAGGUGGUAGUAGUGGCAGCAGCAGCAUCACCAGUAUUAGCAACGUGAAAACUACCAGCAAUAAGAUUAGUAAUAGCGAGAAGGGUGAGGUGAUCCGGAAGAUAGCCACAACGGCAUCGCCGACAUCCUCCGCCGUCGUGUCCACGGUGAAGAUUGCGGUGGCCGCAGAGAUGUUGCUGGAUGGUGGCACUAGCAGCAGCAUCAGCAGCACCAGCAUGAUCAGUGGUACGGUGGCCAACGUGGAACGGGGAGCGAUUGUGGUGGAAGAUCUGGACGAGCCGGAACUGCAGGCGUCGCAAGCAUCCAGUUCGCCCCCGAUGGUCACCUCGCUGUAGUUGGCGGACAGUCUCGGGAAGGAUCUGCACGGAUGCCUUAUUGAGGAUACGGCGCUUACUUGCUCUCUACUUUCUUUGGCGGUGAUAUCGUUGUAAGGCCUGUGGUGAGACACACCACGAUUUGCGACCGAGGAAGUGCGACUAAGCCCAAUCGUAUGUAUUGUGUAUAGAUAUUCGAAAGUGAAGACGCAGAAGGCAACAACAGUAACGUUUAGCCGAAUAGAAAUCCUAUCACCGAAACACGGGUUCAUAAAACAUUUCCUUUGGAUUUAACUAUGUUAGCAUUUUUAUGCAUUCAGUUUUUUUUUGCAUUUCAUUCAACGCUCUCUGUAGGACGGAUUCCGAUGGAAGCCGUACGAAAAAAACGAACAGAAGAUAGACUACAUAUACAUAUAGGUACCGAAAUCAUAUUCAUAUUUAUUGAAUUGUAGCCCUAAGGACAAAUAUCAACUAUAAUUACUUGUUUGUGUGUGUGCGGCGAAAUGUUUCGCAGACACAUUUUAACAGAUUUUCAUUUUGGAGAAACACAAUUGCUCAAAGAAAUUAAGAAUCGCAAAAACGGAUUUGUUAAAUUAAUCGGUUCGAACUCACCGUUCGCGUGAGAUAUACGAAUUGAAUUUGGUCACAGAAA